UUCUCGUAUUUCUUGACGAGCAGGCAACGCGGACGGACGUUCUCCGGGAACUUGGACCUCGAGUAGUUUUAGAAGCCAAAGCUCAUCAUCUGUGCUCAGUAGCUGCAAAUCGCAAAGAACAUCCAACGCUCAGCAAGUCGCAAUACCAAUUGAUCUCGUUUGCCUUAUAAGAAAGUCAGUGGAAGCGGCUGAAAUCUGUUAACCAAUAUUUUUCCAUCGCAAGUGCAAUUUCUAAAUCAAUUUUUUAAGUUGUGUAUACAUGUUAACUAAAGACUGAAAACCAGUAUCAAAUACACUCGGCUCUGGCAACGGAAGUCCAACAUCGAACAAAUAAUAAAGAACCGAGCCGAGCCGCAAAAGCAAACUUAGGAAGUGCAAAGAAUCAAAUACGUUCGUACGUAAUGUGUAUACCCCCGCAUCCGCAUACAUACACAACAACCUAGGUCAAUAUCGUUUAUAGUGGCGUGUGUGUGUGCGCAAGAUAACAACAACGCCGCUAGUUGCCCAGCAGAUAAUAAAUAGCAAUCACAUAACACUCGCUCAUUGGACCACCACCACUCGUGACUAGAACAUAUUCACGGAAAUCGGAAAACAACAACGGGCAACUUCAGCGCCGAGCGCCGAGAGCAGCACGAUUCUAAACUUGAAAAUAAUAAUUUUAUAAUAUCACGCCGCGAAGGUUGUCAGCGAGUGCUCGGCCGACGAGAGCCGAGCGCCCCCGAAUGCUCCACAUCAAGUAUACGUACGAUCGCCCGCUCAGCGAUUUUCAGCUGCGCCAGUGCUAACAAAAACAAAAACAAUAACAAUAACAAUAACAACCUAACAAUAACGAAACGGAAAACACAAAUGUCCCUCUUCUAACGGUCUCAGUCCCAGUGUAUUUUGUAAUUGGUCAUCGUCGAGCGAGAGAAAGAGAAAGAGAGAACUGUCGCAGCGACUGCGAUUACGGUUCUGGUCGUCGAACGCGCCGCAGUGAAAAAGUUUCGGCGGAAAACACUUGCCUCUGGUCGAUUUGCGUGUUUGGACGCGCGACUCUUAUAGAACUCUUAUAGAACUUUAAAAUAUCUGCGAAUCAGCCAACAAGUGUUCACAAAUCGCCAACUACAUCAGCUCCACUUUGGAUUACCCUUCGCAGUGAACAAGGACCUCUAUUAACCAAUUUACAGGAUUUUAUGAUUCAUCCACAACCAACAUGGUCUACUACUCCGCCAACCAGCUGCUCAUAAAGACGGAACAGUCCAGUCAGGCGCAGCUCUGCCUCCAGGUGCCGCCUCCCCUGACGGCGACGACCUCGGGCGUGGGCCUCGGAGCGCCUCCGACCGGCGGGCAGCAGGAGCAGUUCGAGCUGUUGCAGACGCCCCAGCAGCGGCAACUGCAACUUCAGCUGCAGGACCAGCACCACCAGCAUCAGCAGCACCACCAGAACCACCAGGAGCAGCAGCAGUACGCCAGCUACCAGCUGGCCAUCCAGCAGCAGAAGCAGCAGCAGCAACAUGAAAGUAUUACGUCGACGACCCCGACGGUGGGUCGGAUCAAGACGGAGCCGUGCGCCGGGUUCCCCGCAACAGCGGCGGCGGCGGCGGCGCAGGGCCGGAAGCCGAGCGCCCCCAAGCCGCAGUUCAAGUGCGAGCAGUGCGGCAUGACCUUCGGCAGCAAGUCGGCCCACACCUCGCACACGAAGUCGCACGCCAAGAACGCGGACCUCUCCUUGAACGGGGGAAGCGGGGUGGUCGGCGGGGCAGCGGCAACCUCCUCGUCCGCGGCCAUCGAGCUGAACGACGCGGGGCUGCCGGUGGGCAUUCCCAAGAGCCCGACCAUCAAGCCGCUGGCCAACGUGGCCGCCGGAGCCGAUCCCUACCAGUGCAACGUGUGCCAGAAGACCUUCGCGGUGCCCGCCAGGCUGAUCCGCCACUACCGCACCCACACUGGCGAGCGGCCGUUCGAGUGCGAGUUCUGCCACAAGCUGUUCAGCGUGAAGGAGAACCUGCAGGUGCACCGGCGCAUCCACACCAAGGAGCGGCCGUACAAGUGCGACGUCUGCGGACGGGCCUUCGAGCACUCCGGGAAGCUGCACCGCCACAUGCGCAUCCACACCGGCGAGCGGCCGCACAAGUGCUCCGUCUGCGAGAAGACGUUCAUCCAGUCCGGCCAGCUGGUGAUCCACAUGCGCACGCACACCGGCGAGAAGCCGUACAAGUGCCCGGAGCCGGGCUGCGGCAAGGGCUUCACCUGCUCCAAGCAGCUCAAGGUGCACUCGCGGACGCACACGGGCGAAAAGCCCUACCACUGCGACAUCUGCUUCCGCGACUUCGGCUACAACCACGUGCUCAAGCUGCACCGCGUGCAGCACUACGGCUCCAAGUGCUACAAGUGCACCAUCUGCGACGAGACCUUCAAGAACAAGAAGGAGAUGGAGGCGCACAUCAAGGGCCACGCCAACGAGAUUCCCGACGACGACGCAGAAGCGGAGGCUUCGGCGGCAACGGUCUCUGCGUCCGCAUCCGGUUCUGGAUCCGGAUCCGCGAACUCCUCUGCCGGCUCGCCUUCCCUGCAGGGAGUCAGCAGCAAUUCCGAGAGCAGCAACCCCUCGCCGCCCAGCUCGCCGCCGGCCACGAAGAAGCCUCGCCAGGCGCGCCAGCCGCGGGGCUCCAAGGCCCUGGCGGCAGCUCCCUCCAUCGCCUCCUCCGCACCACUCUCGCCGAGCUCGCUGAGCUCCACGUACUCGCCCUCGGCCAGCAGCCUCGCCUCGCCGCCGCCCAGCUCGGGCCACUACCUGCCCGCCCAGCUGGAGGCGGACGCCGUGAGCCGCGACAGCGGUGUGUCGAGCGCCCAGCCCGCCCACGGCGGCUUCGCGGACGAGGAGCUCCCCACGGACCUGAGCAUGCAGCAGCAGGGUCAGACGCCCCCGCAGACCUUGGCUGGCUACUACCAGGCCCCACCGAGCCUCCUGGAGCUCCAGCCCCAGGCUCAGGCUCAGGUUCAGGCUCUGGCUCAAGCUCAAGCCCAGGUCCAGGCUCCUGGCCUCACGAUCAACCCCGCCCUGCUGGAAGCGGCCAACAUGGCCCGUCGCCACCACGAGAACGACGACCAGGUGCAGGACGAGGACGUGCACGCAGCCGCCUGGCAGAUGAUGCAGCUGCGCCGGGGCCACGGCUCCCUGCCCCCGACGGAGCCGCAUGCGCAGACCCACCAGCCCCAGGUGCCCACUCUGCACGUCAGCGACCUGGCCGCCAACUACGACGACACCCACGAAGCCACCGUGCUGAUCGAGCACUUCAAGCGGGGGGAUCUCGCUCGCCACGGACUGCACAAAGGCUAUGCGCCCGUACCCAAAUAUCAGUCCGCUCUCCCGAACCCCGACAUCGUGCGACGCGUGGAGGCGGCAAUCGGCCUGCGCUCCAGCACGGAGUCCCCCGAGCGGAGCUCCUCGCCGGAGAGUGACUCCCUGAUGAUGGCCGAUCGCAACGUGAUGACGCUGCCGCUGCGCAAGCGCAAACACUACAUGAACAAGGGCGACGACUGCCAGCUGGAGUCGGAGAAGGCCCUGGGUUCCGGAGGAGACGGGUCCGCCUCCGCCGGUGCCGCAGCUGCGGUUGGCGCCGGGGAAGGACCCGGGUCGAAGGUGAUGCGAAUGAGCUCGGUCAUCCAGUUCGCCAAGGCCUCUUAGGGGUCCGCGGCCGCUCCCCAAUCAGCAUUAAGACUGUCCAAACAAAUUCUAACUGAAAUUAGCUUAAGUUUUUUCUCCGAGGUUAAAGGUUAGGCCAAGAAAAAAAGAAAAAGAGAAAGAAAGAGAGAUAGAGCAGGAGAGAGGGAGAUAAUUUUCUAGCAAUGAAAAUGAAAAGAAAAUGCCAAAAGUAUUAUAAAAAGAGAAAUUUGUUUUUAAAUUACUAUUACUUCCUAUUACGUUUUACUGGAACUUAAGGCGGCUUGUUCCGAUUUUUGUUGAAUGUUUGCUUUGAACAAUUCUCCUCCCACCACUGUAAAAUUUUCAUUUCAAUUUGGCAAGUAUAGUUUGUUUUCCUGUGUUGUCACUUAGUCAAAUUGCAGCAAUUGGCAUUAUGCGUAUUAAGCAUUAGCAUAUGUAACUAAGUUAAAUAUAUUAUAUAUACAUAAGAUCACUUAACCAGACCCAAUCCCUAAUUAUACAACUAAUAAUAAAAAGGUAUGCAAAGGCGGCCAUAUUGGCACAGAAUAUUUAUAAAUACGAUUAACACCUAUUUAUUGUCGAGAUGAACUCUGCUCGCCAAACUUUGACCUUCCCCUCCAAAAUUUGAGUCAGCACCAUCGUCGACAUCAAGUAUCCAUAAUUUUAUAUGCAUUUUAUAUCUGAUAUGUAAUGGCACAUAGACACUAACUAAGAGCGUAAUGAAACGGAUUGGUAAUUUUAAUUUUACAACGGAGAAUAUUGAACUGAUAAAUAAAAAGAAAGCAAGCAUAAUUAGGUUUAUACAUUUUCAAACAUCAAAUUUAAAUUUAGUGCGCCAGUACAUAAUUUUUGUAAACGCAGAGUUAAUAUUUAGGUCUGAAUUGUAAAAUCAAAUAUUGCAAAACGCAAAUGAAAUCAGAAAGUCAAUAAACAAGCAUGGAUUAAUAAAUAAAAAA